UUUGCAACUGGUAACAGAAAUAUUCAAAUACUUCAUGAAUUAAAUUACACUUGAACAAUAUUCUUUUUAACAAAAGUGUCUAAAUAAAGUUCUAUUAUUACAUUAGGUAUGUACAUUUUAGGCUAGUUUUUCUUUGUAAUAUGAAUAUCUUUAAGAAAGGGGUUUUGUUUAACAAUACAAAAUUUAUAAGAAGAAUAACUGCAAUAAAUAAUGAUAAAGAAACACCUUCUAUGACUGUGUUUGAUAGAAAAGCAAAAGUUCUUCAAAAGCAACGGUCAGCAUUGGCAGAAGAUAGCUCAGUAUACGAAUACCUAAAAGACGAGGUCGGAUAUCGUUUGUCCGAUCGCUUAUUUGACAUUAAACGUCAAUUUAAUCUCGUGGUUGACUUAGGAUGUGGAUAUGGGCAUGUCUCUAAACAUAUAUCCAUUGAUAAUGUAAAAGAAUUAAUAAUGUGCGACGUGUGUGAAGAAAUACUCGAUAAAGCUCAAAAUCCAGAACCAGACGUCAAAGUAAGCAAAAUAAUUGUAGACGACGAAAGAUUACCUUUUGAAGAUAACAGUAUUGAUUUAUUAAUAAGUUGUUUAUCACUUCAUUGGGUUAACAAUUUACCAUCUACGUUUCAUCAAAUAAAAAAAUGUUUAAAGAAUGACGGAGUGUUUUUAGGAGCUAUGUUUGCUGGAGACACCUUGUUUGAAUUGAGAUCGUCAUUACAUUUAGCAGGUGUCGAAAGAGAUGGCGGUGUAGCCCCGAGAAUAUCACCUUUCGUACGACUUCAAGAUGUCGGAUCGCUCAUGCAGAGUGCUGGGUUUUCCAUGUUAACCCUAGAUACCGACGAGAUAGUAAUACGAUAUCCGUCCAUGUUCGAGCUGAUAUGGGAUUUAAAAGGCAUGGGUGAAAACAAUGCCGUUUUACAACGACCUUUGAGGCUUAACAAAGACACUAUGUUUGCGGCUGCAUCGCUAUAUGAUAAACUGUAUGGAGCCAAAGAAGAUAGUGAUUUGAAAGGAAUACCAGCUACAUUUCAGAUUAUGUACAUGAUAGGGUGGAAACCAGAUCCUUCUCAACCAAAACCAUUAGCCAGAGGUUCUGGGCAAAUAUCAAUCAAAGACAUCGGACAGCUCGAUAAAAUUGUUAAACAGUUAGGAAAAUUUGAAACUUAAUUUGUUAUAAGAAAAUAAUUUUGUCAACAUUGAACUGUUAUGUAGAGCUAGUGUAACUUAAUAAAACAUAUACUAAUUGUCUAAUUGUGUUUGCGUUGUUAUUCUAAUUCAACAUUUAUCCAAUAAACUAAUAUUUAUUUUAAAG